GGCGUCCUGCUUCAACGUAGUUGUUGUGCUGUUGCUCUCGGUGCAAGCUGGGGCCAGUGUAGGCCGGACAGGCGACACCCCACUCACCGAGAAGAGUCAGGCACUGAAGAAGGUCGCUCAGCUCCUGCAAGAGCUCAAGGACCAGCUGGUGGACGAUGCAAAGGCGGAUGCCAAGCAAUUCGGGGAGUUCACGAACAUGACCCAGGGGAGCAUCGCGACGGCCUCGGCGGCGGCGGCUCAGAGCGCCUCGCGGGCGGCGGAGCUCACGGCGGUGCUGGACACCGCGAAGGCCUUCCAGGCAGAGAAGAAGGGCCAACUCGCGACAGCAGCUGACAGCCUACUCGAGGCACAGCAGGAGCUGCAGCUGGCGAAGCAGCAGCGGGGCUCGGAGAAGGAGACAUUUGUCAAGAAUUCUCAGAAGCUGCAGGAGAGUACUGACAACCUCAAUCUGGCCCUCACCACUGUGAAGAGCCUCUUCACAGGCUCGCUGGUGCAGACGGAAAGUGAGCGGCCGUCCCCUCCACGAGAAGUUGGACUCCUGCAGGCGACCAAGAAGAUCAGGCAAGCGCUCAACGCCGGUGCGGACCAGCUCCUGACGUCCAGCCAGCAGCGAUUCCUCACGCGACUCUUGGACUCUGCGAGGACGCGCUCCCAGGGCAGGUCGCGGGCGGUGGGAUUCCUGCAGGUCAGCAGUGACAACAAAGCGGAAGGCGAAGCGGCGGGCGCUUCCGACUUUGCUGACCUGGAUGAGCCUGAUGGCGCUGGGGAUUUGACCGCGACUCUGAAGGAGGUAAAGGCGCAGACUGAGAAAGAGCUGACGGCCACGCAACUGGCAGAGCAGAAGUCUGCCAAAGCCUUUGCCGCGCUGACCAAGUCACUGGAGGAGGAGGUCACCGCGCGGCAAGCCGCGUUGAACGAGCUGAAGUCCGCCAUCUCCUCCUCAGAGGAGGCCGCGGGCAAAGCCAAGAGCGACCUGCUGUCCACUAAGAGGCGCUUGGCGGUGACAAACCAGCAGCUCGUGCAGCUCCAAGUGGAUCUUAAGGACAAGACCAAGGACUUCAGCUUGCGGAAGAAGUCCCGCAGCGAGGAGGCCUUCGUGGUGAAGGAGGCAUACAACAUCCUGACCAACACAUCGGCUCCGGCCGCUGUCAGCUUCUUGCAGCUGCAGUCGCAGUCCUGGAGCUCCAGCCAGGAGCGCAUCAGCAGCGCGAGCAGACGCCACGUCGCGCGGCUGGUGGGUCAGGCGACCAGCCCUGGGCUGGCGGCUUUGCUGAUGGAGUCGCAGUCCACUGGAAGGAAAGAUGUCUUCAAGAAGGUCAAGGCGAUGAUCCACGACAUGCUGAGUAAACUCCAGGAGCAGCAGGCCCAAGAUGCUCGGAAGGAUUCGUGGUGUAAGUCCGAGAUGGGGAACACCGACAUGUCCAAGGCCAGCAAAGAGACCAGAGCGGACAAGCUGAAAACAAAGAUGCUCGCCAUCAAUGCCGAGCUGGCAUCCCUGAAGUUCGACAUCGCCACAGGCAAGGAGGACAUUUCGGCCAUGAAGGAUGCCUUGAGCGCGGCGGAAGUGCAACGCCGAAAGGAAGGCGCCAAGGCCAAGUCGGACCUCAUCAUGUACGAAGAGGACCAAAGAGUCCUCAAGGAGGCGUUGGUGGUCUUGGGGCGGGUCUAUGGAGAAGCAACUGUCAAAGCGGACCAGACGGGGUACAAGGCAAAAGCCAAAGGCUCCGGCGUGGUGGGGCUCCUGCAGGUGUCCAUGGACAACUUCGCCCAGCUGGCGGAGGAAACGAGCCAAGCUGAGAAGCAAGCAUCCAGCGAUUUCCAGGAGAUGAAGUCCACUUCGGAGGUGCGACUCGCAACCUUCGAGAAGGACGUGGAGUACAAGAGCCAGACGCUCACCAAGAUGGAGUCUGAGCUGGUUCGAGCGAACUCCGACCUGGACAGCUACCAGAAGGAGGUCAAGGCACUGUCCAAGUAUUUGGAAGAGCUGGAAGUCUCCUGCUCGGUGAAGGGCCUGAGCUUCGAAGAGCGGCAGCUGAAGCGGGAGCAACAGCUGGCGUCCCUGAAGGAGGCGCUGCGGUCUCUCAACCAGGAAGGCUGAGGUGAGAACUCCAGCCGCGUGGGUUGAAAACGGCAACUCCGGCAGCUGCGCCUUUCGCAAUGGGUGAGUGACCCAUGUUUUGGGGAAGGCGGAUAUGGG